AUGUUUACAGUAACAAUAACAUCAGUUAUUGAACGUUUAGCACGUACAUAUCUUCGUCAUCGUUAUCGUCCUGCACCUAUUUAUAUUGGUUCAAUUGAUAAAUCAACCGAAUGUGUUGAACAAAUUAUUAUUUCUCAAUUAAAACAGCGUCAAAAAGAUAUUCUGGUUGCAAUAGAUGAUACUGGUCGUGGUAUGCAUAUAAAAGAUGUUUCAUUUGUAUUAAAUUAUGAUAUAGCUAGGACAAUUCAAGAUUGUAUGCAUCGUAUUGGUCGUAAUGAUCGUACAGGUAAAGCAAUAGUAUUUUUUUUUAAAAUUCAGUUGUAUUUUUAUGAAUUAAAAGAGGUUAUACUUAAAUUACUUAAUCAUCUUAAUGCAUAUCAUAAACUAGUUUCAAUAUAUUUUUUUAAUUAA